AUGGCAUUCGUUGCAGGAAUGUUGAUGGACCUUGUUUCUCCUUUGUUUCCUUCAGCAUUUGUGUUCGUAGUCUGCUUAGGGAGCUUCUCAAGAUCAUUCACUGAUGUUGCAGGUGGAGCAACCAGAGCUGCUUUGACGCAACAUUUUGCUCUUCAGAAUAAUGCAGCAGAUAUAUCUGCAAAGAAACUAUUUGGACAAGGAAAGAUAAAAUUCACUAGGGUGUCACAGAAGAUUUCACAUCAUUUGUCUCUUCCGCAACCCACUCACUUGGACCACAAGAUCAAGCUUUCAGGGAAUAGUCCUGCUGGAAUUGCAUGCUAUGGUAUCUUGGUGGAUGUGCCCUUCCCUAUACAGAAGGAAUUCAAUGCUUUGCUCGCCAACAAAGAGAAAACCAAAGAGAUUGAUGCUUGUGAUGAAGCAAUUUGUACUACCAUAAGGAAGAUCCAUGAGCAUCGCAAGAGACGGGCAUUCUUUCUUGGAUUCAACCAAUCACCAGUGGAAUUUUUCAAUACUUUGAUUGAAUCUCAAGUCAGAGAUUGAAGCUUGUAGCAGGGCAGGGCAGGGCAAGCACGUCGUAGUGUUGAGAAAGAGAAUCGAUUAAAUUUCUACAGGCAACCAUGGUAAGCUUAUACACAUCUUC